AUGGUCGGGGUCGAGGAGAAGGACGACGACGAAUUAACGGAUGCCGAAGAUGACUAUGCGCAGGAUGUCGGAGUCGAUCUCAUCUUCGAUUACGACGUUGAAGACACGUAUUACGACGCCGCAGAGGGGCCAGAGCCACUCGUAGAAGAGGGGAACGCGGCUGCUGCAGAAGAUGGAGGCCCGGCACCAUUUGCAGAGGGAAGGGAGGGUGGAGAAGAGGGAGGCCCCGAAGCAGGUGCAGAGGAAGGGGACCGUGAACAAGUCGGAGGCCAGGACGCAGGUGCAGAGGAAGGGGAGCGUGAAGAAGUGGGAGGCCCGGAAGCAGAUGCAGAGGAAGCGGACGAUGAAGAGACGGAGACCAACCACCUUUGCAGGGCCAACGGUCCGCGCAGGGUCGUCGACGAGGGCGGGGCCGACGACCUUCCCAUGGUCGGCGAUCUGCGCAGAGCCAACGACACUCACAGGGCCACCAAUCUGCGCAGAGACAGCCACCAUCGCAAGGCCAAGACGGUGAGAAUUCAAGCCACACUCGUCGUCCCCUCUUUCACGACGACCCCAUCUUCCUGGGGAGCGGUCCCCCGCUGA